CGGAGCCUACACCGUUCCAGGAAGUUUGGCAAGUCUAUGGGGCAGAGCUUCGAAUAGGCACUAUCUACCGCUCCUGGUUGCCAUAGUGAUGCUGUUGCCGCUAAAGUUGGUAUCCAAACCACCAACUAGCAGCAGACGUCAUGCAGUACACCGGGAGCGAAUAUAUAGGGGAAUAUGUAAAUGGGAGGAUGGAGGGCAAUGCCAAGUACAUCCUCCCUACUGAAACAAGAUAUGUUGGGGAGAUGAUGGACGGCAUGUUUCACGGCGAAGGAACCCUGUUCUUCCCCAGCGGGAGCCGGUUUGAUGCCAUCUGGGAGAAGGGAUUGGUGGUGAAGGGCAAGUACACCUUUGAGGAUGGGUUGCAGUAUGAAGACAGGCACUGGCACUACUGCGACAGCUACGACCGCCGGUUCUACACUGAGAUCUGCUUUGGCCUGAAGCCUUCAGGUAUCUCUCAACUCACCAACAUGGACCCACCUAGAAAAGUCCCCCCAGGCUGUUAUGACUCUGGAGAUGGCUUCUACAAUCCCCACACGAGGGUCAUCCGGGACUACAGGAGCCGCUUUCUGAGAAAUGCAGUAACAUCAGAAAGUUGCCUUUGGGGCUGUCAUGAGAGCCAAGGGAACUGUCAGCUGAGCUCAAGACUGGAGUCCAGAGCUAUUGCUCUGGAAGGAGCGUGCCAAAUGCUCGACUGCAAGGGCCCAGGCUUCACCAGGUUUCCCUAGUGCCGUCCCUUCUUAUGUUGACACCAAUUCUGCUUUAGGAUCAAGUGAGCUGCAGAAAGCUGGCUCAGCCAGUGCUAAACAGGGAUAUUUCCAAAAGGGCCUCUGGGGCCUCUCUACAUGCUAAUGUCCUUUGCCCAUUUGUUUAGUCUGUUGUUAAACACCCAUUUCUGUCAUUUGCUUGAUGACUAUCAGGUCCA